GAUUGGUUCUGGCCGACCAUUCACUGUUCUUUGUUGGCAGGAGCGGUUUUUCGGUGUGGAUUCGGCUCUGGGCUUCUGCUCGGCGUGAGAUCGGCGUCUCCGGGAUCUUCGGGGGACGGUGUAUUUCGGGAACUAGUGUCUUUACGGGGGGAGCAGUGAUGAGUGGCGGCGUGUAUGGAGGAGAUGAGGUUGGUGCCCUUGUGUUUGACAUUGGAUCAUACACAGUUAGAGCAGGCUAUGCUGGUGAAGAUUGUCCGAAGGCAGACUUUCCAACAGCUAUUGGGAUGCUGUUGGAGAGAGAUGAUGGGAGCACUCCGAUGGAAAUUGAAGGAGACAAAGGAAAGCCAAGUGGCACAACUUACUUCAUUGACACAAACUCCCUACGAGUUCCCAGAGAAAAUAUGGAAGUUAUCUCUCCUUUGAAAAAUGGAAUGAUUGAAGAUUGGGAUAGUUUUCAGGCGAUUCUGGACCACACCUAUAAGAAUCAUAUAAAAUCUGAAGCUGGUCUCCACCCUGUUUUGAUGUCUGAGGCGCCAUGGAAUACACGGGCAAAGAGGGAGCGACUUACUGAACUGAUGUUUGAACAUUACAAUAUCCCAGCUUUUUUCCUAUGUAAAACAGCUGUGCUCACAGCAUUUGCAAAUGGCCGUUCUACAGGUUUAGUUUUAGAUAGUGGAGCCACACAUACCACAGCUAUUCCUGUACAUGAUGGAUAUGUUCUUCAGCAAAGCAUUGUUAAGUCACCACUCGCAGGAGACUUCAUUUCCAUGCAGUGCAGGGAACUGUUUCAGGAACUCAAUGUGGAAAUAAUCCCACCAUAUAUGAUUGCUUCAAAGGAGUCAGUGCGUGAAGGAUCUCCUCCCAAUUGGAAGAAAAAAGAGAAGCUACCUCAGGUUACACGGUCCUGGCACAACUACAUGUGUAAUGAAGUGAUUCAGGAUUUCCAAGCUUCGGUGCUACAGGUGUCUGAUUCAUCAUAUGAUGAACAAGUGGCUGCACAAAUGCCCAGUGUUCAUUAUGAAUUUCCUAAUGGUUAUAACUGUGAUUUUGGGGCCGAGAGACUAAGAAUUCCAGAAGGCUUGUUUGAUCCUUCCAAUGUCAAGGGUUUAUCUGGAAACACAAUGCUGGGUGUCAGCCAUGUGGUGACCACAAGUGUUGGAAUGUGUGACAUUGAUAUUAGGCCGGGAUUGUAUGGCAGUGUGAUUGCAGCAGGUGGUAAUACAUUGAUACAGAGUUUUACUGACCGGUUGAACAGAGAGCUUUCCCAGAAAACGCCACCUAGCAUGCGUUUGAAGCUAAUGGCCAAUAAUACCACUGUGGAACGCAGAUUUAGCUCAUGGAUUGGUGGUUCAAUUCUAGCCUCUUUGGGUACUUUCCAGCAGAUGUGGAUCUCUAAGCAAGAAUAUGAAGAAGGAGGGAAGCAAUGUGUUGAAAGAAAGUGUCCUUAAAAAUUUUAAGCAAAGAAGUGCAUACAUUACCUUAGCCUGGUUUUGUUCUCCCAAGUAGGAUUCUCAGGAACAGUGUUAAACCUCCUGUACAAACUUUUCAUGGUUUUUGUAUAAUGUCUAGAUAUUAAUGUAUAUUUUAAGUUUUUUUUUAAAUACUGUUCAAUUUAUAGAUCAACUAAGUCCCCAAAAACAAAAAUUGCAAAAUUUUAAACUUUCAAUUUAAUACUGUUUUUGAUACAAAUCAUGCUUUGUUCAAAUAACACCAAAUAUUUCACAAUGAUAUUUUUGUAAUCCAGUUAGAUCUUGUGCCUUUUAUUGAAUCAGUUGUUUACAUUGUCACCCGAAGGCUAAACCAGAAAGUGGAAUGAACUAACCAUAAUCCUUAAUUAUCUGUAACUGUCCUGUAUGUCUUCUGAACAAAGUUUAAUGUAUAAUUUAUACUGCAAUUUUAGAACAGACAAUAAACUGUCCCUGACCCACUUAUUUUCAUAUUUACAUUGUAAACUUAAUUCUAUGUUGCAGAAACUUGAGAGAUUUUGUCCUGUAGCACUGGUUUGUUCUUCUUUGCACGACUCUUUUUACGUAGAUACUUCUCAAUCCGACGCCUA